AUUGUUAAUUUAUUUUGUCCAACUUGAAAAGUAGCAAAUUUCAAUGUCCGAUUGGCCUGAAAUUGCUCAAUGUAAGGAAGAGAAGAGGAGAGAAUUGGUCAUUAAAGGAACACCGGAUACAAGAUUGAAGAUAGAAAAGAAUGACAAUGUUCUUCCCGAGGAUCUAUAUUCUUUGACACUGCUGAAUUUUCUGGAAGUUUCAGAAUGUGGAAUCACAAGUUUGUCGAAAGAUAUAAGUUCACUGUCAGCUUUAAUGCAAUUGAUUAUAAAUGGUAACAACUUGGUGUCUCUUCCAGAUGAGAUAUGUACAUUGAAGCAAUUAAAAGUUCUUGAUAUUUCUUAUAAUGCACUUGAAGAACUUCCAGAUGAAUUUGGAAACAUCAGGAAUCUUCAAACCUUAAAUUUAAAUUGUAAUAAAUUGUCUCAAUUACCAGAAAGCGUAAAAAAUCUCUCACUGCUCUCAACUCUCAAUAUUUCUAAUAAUAAAUUCACUGAAAUUCCACAAGCACUUAUUGAAGGAAAUCAAAAACAUUUGGCCGAUCUCAAAGCUUCCCACAAUCAAAUUGAGGAUGUGAAUGAUGGUAUUGGAACAUUAGAAGCAUUGAAAACAUUAGAUUUGUCAGUGAACAAGAUUAAGGAGCUUCCCCAAACUCUGGCAAAUUGUUUCAAGUUGAAAUCUGCAGAUUAUAAAGACAAUCCACUCAAGGAUCGGAGACUCAAAAAACUUAUUGAACAAAAUAACAGUUCCCAAAAAGCAAUUAUGGAUUAUAUAAGAACAAAAGGGAGACCUGCUGGAGGUGAAAAUGGAUCAGUGGGAACUGGUAACAAGUCUGGUGGUAAAAAGAAGAAAAAGGGAAAAAAUGCAAAAGUUGAUGUUGAAGAAGAAUUAAUUAAACACAUUAUUCAAGUUUUAAAGUUCGGAGAAGUAAAAAAGGAAACGAAACCACUUGAGAUAACUGUAUCUGAUGAGAUAAAAGAUGUUCGACCUUAUAUUGUUUGCUGUGUCGUUAAAAGAUUAAACUUGUCAAAAGAAGGUGUUUUCAAAAAAUUCAUUGCUAUACAGACUAAACUACAUGAUGAAGUGUGUGGAAAGAGAACCAUUGGAACAAUUGCUUCUCAUGAUGUAUCAUCUCUGGCUUGUUCAAGUCUUAAAUAUGAUGCUAAAGAACCUGAUACAUUUGAGAUCCAGCCAUUAGGUAGAGGAGAACAAGUGUCUGGUUUACAACUUUAUAAACAACUGAGGGCAGAAGCUGAUGAAAUGAAGAAAGAAAAGAAACGAAGCCAAAUAUCUGGAAUUUAUAAAUAUUUAUCUUUGUUGGAGAAUCAGGAAAAGUUUGCUUUUCUGAGUAGAACUUCAGAUGAUGUAGUUAUAUCUCUGCCUCCACUCACCAACAGUGAAAUUUCUAAGAUCAAAAUGGGUAAAGGUGAUGUGUUGUUAGAGGUCACAGGAUCUCAGAGUUUGAGUUCAUGUAAAACAAUCAUGGAUAAAUUGCUUCAUUCAAUGCUAAAUGAAGGAAUGACUUCUGCAAAGAAUCAAGACUUUUAUGAUGAUUCUAGUGAUGAAGAAGAAGUUAAAAAUAGUACCGAUCCAACAAAGCUCAUUGUACAGCAAGUAAAAAUCAUGGAUUCACAAGGAAAAUUAAAAGUUGUCUAUCCAUCUAGAACUGAUUUAGAGUAUCAAGAGGCUGCUAUUAAGGUGGAAAGGUUCUAAUAGCAAUUAACCAAUGUCUGACCUUAAUAUUUUCGCAGAGCUAUGUUAAAGUAUUGAUUGCGGAGAUUAAAAUCCUGGAUAAACCAGUGAAAAUGUUUUAUUUAUUACUCUUUGUGAGAAGAUCUGCUUUCAUAAUAUGAAAAGCGCUGACGUCAGGAAGAAUUAGUCAUAUUCUUUACUGGUUCAUCUUACUGUAUCAAGAAAAAAUGCAAUGGAAAUCCAUGUAUUAUGCCUCUAGUCCAGUUUAUUUAUCUUGUGAAAUGGUAUUCAUUGGAAGUGUACUAUCGAUCGUUUUGCUAUAUCGUUCUGUAUACCAUAGUUGUUCCUAUUGGACGUAUGAAAAGUCCACAAAACUAAUUAACAAAUAGAGUACAAAAGAUUCUCAUCGAAUCAGUGGUCUUAUGUACCGGUAUAUAGUUUACUUCGAAUUCUGAGCAACCAACAAAAAUUUUCAAGGGAAUCUGUAAAGCAAGCAAUUUUGGCCUUCCUCCAUACGAUUCUAGGCGGAUGCUUUUCCUAUGAAGUAAUAAACUAAAACCUGGGAA